AUGUUGCUUCUAGAAUUAUUACGUCAUCAAGAAGAUCUUCGUCGAAUUGAUGAACUUCGACCACAGGAAUUAAAUCAUCGUCGUAAUAUGAUACCUAUGCGUCCUCCUGAUGUAUAUAAUGAUCCAUUUAAUAUAUUUGCAUAUCCAAAUUCUAAUCCAUUUAUUCACCAAACAUCACCUGUUGCACCAACAAUUGAUACUGCUUAUACAACAAAUCAAGUAGCACAUGAUUAUGAUUUACCAAAUGCACGUGCAGGUGAAGAUGAUUUUGUUCAACAACAACAAGGAUUUGAAUGA